AAUCCACCUGAAAAGGGUACCCGUUGUUUUUGUUUUACGGAUAUCUUAUCUUAUUAAUCGAACGUUUCCUUACGUUGCGCACCUGGGCAACGAAUGAAUUUCUGGAAGUGGAGGAUACAAAAAAUUGUAUAAAUAACACCUCGAACGUCUUGCGAAGGUUUCAGUAGCCCGGAUCGGAGUGUGAUUAGUGUACUGAUUGUGAGAUUGAAAGUGGAAAAACAAGACCGGAAAAUGCGUACCCUGUCGCUUGUUGCUCUGGGGCUUGUUUGCUUCCUGGCAUCCGUUGGUGGUUACGAGACGGAGUUUGAAGAUGAUGUCAAUCGGAAUACCGCCCUGUCGGCAAACAUGAACAACUACAUUGACGUGGUGAUGAUCCAGGUUGGACCGUGGAUGAACACGCAUCUCGUACCCAUGGCACUGCCCGAUGUGGUUGAAGGAUUCGAACAUCGCCCAAUUCUGAUUACGUACCAUGGUGAGCUGGCACUAACGAAUGGAGUUUUCCACACCAUCCACAGUGUGGGUAGGAAUGGAAACGCGAUGAUGCACUACGACCGGCAGUUGCUACGCGUUUCCGUCGGUGCCAACAUUCGACAGCUGGGCUUCACGUACGACUAUUCCGCACACAUCAUGGAUCUCGGCCCGACCGGUUUCGUUGACGUCGAUGUAGCGACGAUGACUUUCACCAGCGAGUUCAUCAUCGACAUGACGGAUUUCUACAUCUGGAUGCAGGACUUCCGUCUCACCAACAUGGGCAACCUGAGCAUUCGGUUCCGCGGUAACAUUCUCGUCGACUGGUUGGCCAACAUUUUCGUCAACGUCAUCACGACCAUUUUCCGCAACACGAUCACCAACGUCGUAUCGAACGGUGUGCGCGAUUUCCUUCAGGCCACCCUCGAUGACAUGAAUGGACGGCUGCGUGGACGUGCAAUUACUGAGCAGGAAGCGGCGGUAUUGAUUGAAAAUUUGAAGAAAAUGCUUACCCACUAAAUAAGGACGGAUGCAGGGCGGGGUGGACGUUUUACCGGCGCUGGAUGUCUAUUGAUGUUGAGUAAUGGUUAAUGAGGACUUACAGAUAUUUUGAUUUUUGAUUUUAAAUAAACGAGUUGCAGUAUUGGUUUUGUUUCCCGUAAAGCAUUUUCGAUUUGUUUUUAAU